AUGUUAAGGCAAGCAUCAACUACAUAUACUCCACCAAUAUUCAAGAUGUUUCAGGAACAAGUGCUUCGGACCUUAAACUAUGAUACAUUCCUUUGUGAUGACAGUGACACCGAGGAGAAGGUUUACAAAGUAAAAUUUCAUGGUACAGAGCGUGAUCAUGUUGUUAAAUUUUUUCCAAAAGAAGAAAAGGUCAAUUGCAGUUGCAAGAAGUUUGAAUUUGCUGGAAUUCUUUGCUCUCAUUCCUUGAAGGUACUUGACAUUAAUAAUAUCAAGCACAUCCCUCAACAGUACAUCUUGAAAAGAUGGACAAUUGAUGCAAAAGUUUUGGAUAUAACAAGCAACUGCAACCUGCAUGAAGACCGCAAAACAAUACUGACAAAACGCUAUAAAGAGUUGUGCAGAAUGUUUAUCCAAAUAGCUGCUCGAGCCGCAGAGUCUGAAGAGUCAUACUUGAUGGCUGCUAAUUAUGCAGAGAAAUUAGCAGAAGAGGUGGAGAAAUGUCUAAAACAUAGAUCUGAUCCGGAUACAGUUGGAGACUCAAACAAUAUCACGACUACAAGUUCAAAACAAAAUGAGAGGCCUACCAAGCCAAAAGGAAUGAAGGUCAAGGAGAAGACGGCUCGAGGAUCAAACAGACAUCCAGAUAUAUUUGCAGACCCGAACAUUAACCCGUCUACAAGUUCAGAACAAAAUGAGGGAUUUGCCAAUCCAACAGAACCAAACAUUAACUCAUGUACAAGUUCAAAACAAAAUAAGGGGCUUGCUAAGCCAAAAGGUAUCAAGUUGAAGGAGAAGACUAUUCAAGGAGCAAGUAGACCUAUUGGUGGCUUAGAGAAAGCAAAAUCAAAGAGGAAAAGGAAAGUAGAUAAUCCUGUAGCACUACAACCUCAUGGCACCUCAAUGGGUCAUUCGAAGGUUUUUACGAAUCAAAUGCCUGCAUAUCUACCACAGUACAACCCAAUCCUAAAUCCUAUGGCGAUGUAUGGACAAGACCAAAGAUUGCCAGCUGAAUUGCAACAUUACAAUAGCUUAAUGGAUCAUUUGGGAGUUCCGACAAAUCACGUGUAUACCUAUUCAGAACAAUGCAACUCAGCUCUGGAUGCCUCACUAUUGCCGUCUCUUGGUACGAUGAGAGGACACCCAGCUCCAAAUUUCUCGCUGCAACCAACCAUUGGUACAAUGAGAGGACACCCAGCUCUGAAUGCCUCACUGCAGUCGUCCAUUGGUACGAUGAACCAAGCUCCAAAUGCCUCACUGCAGCCAUCCGUUGGUACGAUGACAGGACACCCAACUCCGAAUGCCUCACUACAGCACCCCAUUGGUAUGAUGAUAAGACACCCAGCAUUAAAUGCUCCACUGCAGCCAUCCGUUGGUACAAUGACAUGUCAAAAUCAAGUCUUCUUCCAACAACAGAAGCCAACUUAAUCUGUCAUCGUUAUCAAAGACUCAUGUUUUUUUUUCUACUUUACUAAAAACUUGUAAUAUAUUAUUGGAUUUAUGGGGAGUCCGUGCAUAU